UACAACCAGCCUCAAAAGGUCAGAGUUGAAAAAUGGGAAGCAAUGCAGCUUUAGCUGUCACAGCAGCUAACAUGGUGGAAGUUGUAAACUCCAGGAAGGAACAGCUUAAUUAAACAUUCACUCUAGAAAAUGAACCACACAGACGCAUAACCGCCCGUCCUGCCCGACUCUGCGAUGCUGUGUGCGGGUGUUAAAGCCGUGAGGUCGUCGGCGUCAUUACGAAAGCAGUUAUGGACGAGUCAUCUUCACAGCGGGAUUGUUCACCACCUCCCUGCAGGACCAGAUUCGCCUGCUGCUCCUCCUGUUCUGACGGACUGUUCUGAGCCCGCCGACACAGAGCAAAAGCGUGACUCCAUCUCCACUUGGACCCCCGCCCAGGGUCCCCCGCCGCCUCCUACGCACUGCUGCAUGAGUGGCUGUCAUAACUGCGUGUGGAUCGAACACGCAGAGCAGCUGCUGGAGUACUACAACGAUGGAAGCGAGCGGGCGCUCGCUGCUAUUGAGGAGAACGUCCUCGAUGAGAACCUUAAAACUUACCUGAAGAUGGAGAUCAGACUCUUAAAAAAGACGUGACCGUCGCAGCCAGUGGCAUUGACCGCAGUGCUGCCAGAAACCCUUCACAGGCUGAGAUUUUACAGCACACAGUGUACCUCCACAUUUUCACCCCUCCUUCAUCCUGUGGGGCCCACAGUAUAUGUCUCAUUUUAGAAAGCUGGCAGACGUUAACAGAUAAGACUUUGGGUCUUUGGUGGUCAUUGUUAUGUUGCACUUAUCUAAUAUUUGCUUCUAAAAAGCAAGGGGGGAAGAGUCGCCAUCUGGCAGGUUGCUGGAAAUCAUAAAUAUUCAGAAUAAAAAUACUCUUUGAUUUUUACUGGAAUCUGUUCAGACCUGCUUUGGCCUUUAUUUCAUUUAGACAGUGCAGAUCUGUCAGGAUGUCAAGAAAUCUCAACCAUGAAAGAAAAAACACAAACACUUACAUUUGCAGAAGCUUAUUAGGAUUAUCAAACUACUACAUUUGAAAAUGAAAGCAACUCAUUGUAAAAGAGUUGAGUCAGGAAGUCUUUCUCCAAACUUCGAGUGUUUUUAAGUUAUCUAAGGUUACAGCUUCCUCUGAGGCUCCACAGUGUGCAGAGAACAGAUGCCAGUCGGACCCUUUUAGAUCUUGACAUGCUUGUUUUUUUCUUAAGGAAGUAGUUCAUGAAAGUCACAGUGUGAAAUGUUCUUUUUCUGUUAGAACCUUGUUUGUUGGUCCAGUUCAGAUGUUACUGAUGGGGGCGUUCUGUUGCAAAACUACAGAAUCAUGAACCUGGACUACAAACAGGUCCUCUUAGAUUUCUUUGCUGGUCGUGCAGGCUGACCAAAGACAAUCCAGUGAAAAUAGCACUUUAUUACCAAAUAUUUGUAAUAGGAAAUGUUAUUCUCUCUGCUGUCUACUCAUACUCAGCGCAAGAUUUUCUUAUGUGGGUCAUAUGAGUUGUUGGAAGGUAUUAUUUCUUUUAAUAAAGUGUGUCUUCUGUUAAAGGAGGUGAUGAAGUAUUAAAGCACAUUUCCUUAGUAUUUGGAGAAUUCAGUGAGGUCUGAUUAUUGAGGUCUCACUCAGAUAAAAAGCUGCCACAACUUUAGUUUCCAACAGUUAAAGUUGUGCACAGACACAGCCAGUGGUCUGCUUAUAAAGCAUAACAUUGCAUCAUAACACAGUCCAACGAUUCUCUACAUGAAAGACCAUCGUUACUGUGAAUAAACAUAAAACAAACUAGUCCAGUGAAGAAAUAAAUAGCUCGAGCUUUCAGGGUCUGGAACUGCAGCUUUUUGAAGGUGUGAUGAGUUUUUGUCCCUUUCUAGUGGAUGUUUGCAAGUAAUAGUUAUAAUGUGCACAGCAUCAUGAGCUGACAAGAGGAGCAAUGCUUUAAACUUGAGGGAUGUCUGAAUUGUUGUCACGUGCUGUUUGGCGUUUGAUUGGUUUGCAUUGUGUCUUUGCAGCAUUUGCACAUUUGAAGCAUCCGAACAACACUUUGGCUCUCUGUAUUUGACUUUAUUUAAAUCAUAUUAGAAAUUAGUUUUAAUCCAAUGCUUGUUAAAUAAAUAUUUUUUAUUUACUGUCA